UCCCUCGGUGCUAAGUGAUUUGCAAUCUAGACAUUUUGCUGCACAUCUCGAUUUUCCAUAAGACUUUUAAUUAUUUUAUGUGUAAAUAUUUCAAGAAAUUGUAACUAUGGCCGCUCAAAGCAGUGGCGUUGAAUGGGCAAGUAUCGUCAGACCAAUAUUAGCUGCAUCUUUUGGAUCCUUCAACAAAAAUGACAUCGGAGAACUUGCCAAAGCCAUCAUCAAAAGCGAAGCAGAGCUACUCAAUCAUGAAGAAGUAUACGAGAUGUUCUAUACAUCCUUUGUUACAUUGGCCGUGGAUUACAUAAGUGCCAACGCAAGCUCAGUUGGCAGAGGACAAAUUGGGACUGUUUGCUCAGCAUGUCGUAUUUUAAUGGAGUAUUUAUUGUCACGCUUGGAAGCCUUGAAAACUUCAAAUACCGUUUCACUGUUUGGGAAACAGCUGCUGCUUCCUCUUUAUGCACUAUGUACUGCCAAUUCAGUUUUCGAACGCUCCGAUCAAAUAGCAUUGGCAGCCAUGAUGAAAAAUGCAAAGUUGCCACCCCAUAUCAAAACAUCUAUUCCAGGUGACAAAGAUGUCCCAGCAAAAGAUGCAGCCAAAAGACCUCGUCUUGAUCUAUCAACUGCCAUCAUCGAACAGUUAACCACACCAAUGCAUGGAAUGCUCCGCUCAAAGCCCACGAAUGAAGUCAAAGACACGCCUGAAUCUGUCGCAGAAAAUGAAUUAAGCAAGGCACUUUUUAUCGAAAUAAACACGGCAAAUUUACAAGCUCUAAAAGCAGGCGAUGUUCUUCUGGACAUGUGUUUGAAUUUACCUUACCUGACUCGUCACGUACAUAAAUAUUUGGAAGCUGUCGUUGAGAAAAAAGGAAUUAGCCUUCCAUCAACCCACUCAGAAGCCACUUUUAUCAGAGUCAAUUCUGCCUCUCUUUUAGUAGACAUCGCAAUAGUUUGGAGUGUGGUAUCCUUACCUGUUCUCGAACCUCUCACUCCAGCUAAACUAGACAAACUAUGCACUCUCACUAUGGCGUGUUUGCACGCUGCACUGGCCACAGCUACAGCAACGUCCAUUCUUGGUUUAUCCUCUGCUGUGUCGCCAAAAACAACGUCCACAGCCUCAAGUGGGCUCCAGCCAUCAUUACCAGCCAAUACUGUACCUUCAAUUGUUGCAGGAGCAGCCAGUGCUAAACAUGAUGAUGAAUCCAACAUCGAGUCCGUGGCUACGUCAAUUGUAGAAAAAUCACUUGAAAUAUUUACUUUUGUCUCUGAUGCAAUCAAAUCCUCGUCUCGUGCAGGAGGUCAUAUUCAUCAAAAUCAUUUACUGAUUGGUGCAUGGCUCCUGACGGCAGGACUCCAUGCCCAGCUUUCUGCUACCAGUUUGAAUCCUCAGGAAAAAAGUUCCAAAGAAGAGAAAGGCAAGUCUCCAAGCAAAGCUCGAGAAUCCUCAGGGCGCAUCAAUUUAAUGAAAGUUCAACAAGGUUUCGGUGUUUUGUCAGUUGCCCUCGCAACUCGUGCUUUACAUCUGAUAGGCAAUCUACUGCAUGACGCCCGAUGUGAAACAGACUUCGAAGUUGUUCCAGCAGAACUCAGCAUCACUGCACAAUGCACAGCAUUGCAGCGAGCAGCACGGCUCAUGUCUGCUGUCCCUCUCAAUGAAUUUCUGUACUACCUCGCAACUGUGUCUUACAGAAAGGCAUGCACUUUAAAACGCAUACAAAAACAUGCCCCAGCAGGUGACACUUUCAGCACCUCUGAGUCGACCACAUAUUAUGAGGAUGACAUUAUGAGCUGCUCAGAUGAAAGUUCUCCUGAAGAUGAUGAUAGUGAACCAAUCCUAGGCCUUUGGUUUGAAAAAACUAUUUCAGUUCCUGAUGGAGGAACCUCGCCUAGUAGCAGUGCAGAAGCCUCUAACAAUAUGCAGGACUCGAGUGGUAAAACGAAUCAAAAUUCUGAUCAAGCCUCCAGCUCCAUUGUACCCGAGAAAGGAGAACCCAAUGGAUACAUAGUUUUAGCUGCUCAAGUGUUUCAACUAUUAAAUAGGAUUUUCAUCAGCAGUGAGUGUCCUUAUGUAGUACGAUAUAUCCAAGCAGGGUUAAAUGAACAACAAAUGCUGAUACUUGCUGCCAUCAUUCGUGAUUUAGACCGUGAGACUGCCAGAACAGAGACUGGAACCAUUUCUGUCUAUUUUGGUGCCACCCUUGGAUCACUUUACAAUGAUUUCUCCUGUGCCCUAACGUACUAUACGCACAAUCUGCUUGCGAGGAACAUUUUAAAUGAAUCACUUCAAGGAACGCUAUUGCACCACUUGGGUGUAAGUCCUGUUCCAGUCCCACCUGACAAUACUGCCUGGCCUCUUCAAGUUUAUCCUCGAACCUUAGCUGUUCUUGCUCAAGUCCUCCUUCUAAAACCGCAAGCAGAGAAAGAAGCUGCAUACAUAAAUAUCUGGCAUCGCCUCAUCAACACUUUGGUGGACAACAUUUGUAAUCCCCCACAAGUAAUUGAUUCAGAAAAUGAAGACAUCAACAUUGAGCAUGCCCAGCUACUCCUAUUCCUGUUUCACUCGUUGAAUCUAAUGCAAAAAAAAUCGCUCCUACUUGUAACGGCCAGCGGAAUAAUAAAGGUCGCAGACAGUAGCAUUCGCAGUCCGAUGAAAGAAAGUCAGCUUUUACAUUUAUCUCGUCUCCUUCUCUUUUUGGAUUAUCUAGUCAAGCACCUCUACGAUGCACCAGCAUCACUUUUAGAGCAAGUGCAGCAACACCUGCUGAGCACUGCCACCACUGGUGCUGAAAAUGCAACCAGCGACUCAUCCCAAUCGGCGACAAGCAAUAUCUGUGGACCGUGGGCCAAAAUCGAAGAGAACUAUCGCAAGUAUGGUUCGCCGAGUGAAUUUUCAAUGAAACCGCGCUUUUAUAGUUUGACGAGCAUUGAAAUCAGUAAUCAGGAGCAACCAAAACUUGAUGGGUUGGCUUGCAACUUCAUUCUAGGCUCUGCUGAUAAGGUCAAGUACCCAUUGCUGAUCGAUGCGCUUAUUGAAAUUCUAGGUGUACUGGACCAGUGCACCCCAUGUAUUAGACUGAAUGAAAAAAUGAGCUUCAUGUCACUUUGUGCAAUUCAGUAUUGUUUCUCAAUUUGCUGGCGCUUGCUAUUACAUUUACCACCUUCAACACCUUAUCUAGAGAAAUUAAGCCAAGAUGAUGCGCCCGAAGCCUCGCUUAAACUGCUUCAUGCACUUGUCUGGGGCCCACGUGCAGCGCAUAAAACUUUCAUUGGAUGGAUGAAAGACUCCCUGGUCAAACAGGGCAUGUACACUGCUUACGCAGAAAAUGUUCUGAAGACAGUUGCAGAGAAAGUUGACAACCUAAAACAUGAUGUUAAACUCGCGAAGGCAUGCAUAUCUUCUCUAAUGCCACAAAUUGAGACUAACAAGUGGAUUGUCCCGAGGCAAAACUUACCAAAGUUGUCUGAAAUUUAUUUGUUUGAAGCUGUCAUUAGUCGUUUGAUAGUAUUAAUGGAUGAAAACUCUCUAAAAUCUUCCAGUAGCGAAAAUAUUGAUGUGAAUAAACCGAUGCAAAUCGUUGAAGUGUCCGGGUCUCAAGUCACAGAAGCUGCAACAGAGCUGAUGCCUUAUGUCUUGAGACUACUUGAAGUGAUCGUAGCAUGUUGCCACUCAAGUCUUUUGUAUGAAAUGGUAGAAAUGCAAGAAAAUAGCGAGGGUGGCUCUACUUUCUCUCAAAGUGACAAGAUUGCCAUUCGACAUGCUCUAGCCAUUGGCUCGUCUCGCAAUGCGAAGAUAUCAACUUUUGCCGGUGCUUUGACUCCACUCUUACCCCUGUCCGUCCGCACUGUGUUGGACAAAUGGAACGCGGUGAAUUGCUUCGAGGUGUGGUGGAAUUACUUUGUGUCAGACAUCAUACCAGCUGAAAGUUAUGUUUUGGCUGUGACAAACUUCAAUGUUUCAAACUUGUCUCGGUCACAGGGUCUAACUUUGCUGCCAUCGUUCCGACACCUCCUGUUCUCUCUUGUCUCUUUUAUCUCAACACAUAUCACAGAACUUGAAGAUGGAGAGCUGAAACGGGAGGCUAGACGAGUUUUGACUCCUCUUACGCUUGAUGCUUGCACCGAAUAUUUGUUCGACAAAGUUACUCGUCCCUUGGAAAAAAUCUCAACGGAAGCAGAAAUCGAGUUUGAAACCAACUACAAAGCACUCGAGCACAUUUACACGUUAGCAACCUGCUACACUAACACUACAGCACCAUGCUCUGGCAUGAUUCAUGAAAAGGUUGUCUCGUAUUCUCUUCAGUGGAUUGAAUCUCUAAUUGAAAAACCAACUGGUCGUGCAGCCCUUGAUAAAUUCUUUGAUGGCUCUCCUGAAAGAGAUCUCCUCACAUUAUUGUUGAGUGUAGCCACCCCUAAAGCACAGGAAUCUAUGAUGUAUUGUGUCCGAGUGCUCCAAAUUUUUAAUCGAUUGUUCUCUACCGCUGAAAAGCAGCCAAAUGAACCUGUUCUAGAGAAAUUAUGUUCCUCCGUCCUACGGCUUGCUUCAAUCACUCCAGACACCCUAGAAAACUGGCUGCGUCAUGUAAUUGUUGGUAAUAUAAAAGAAAAGCCUGCCUCGGGCCCCGUGACAACCCCUGUGCCAGACCCUAUCCCUAUGCCAGUUAUUGCAUCGGCUUCAUCUGAGUCAGGACAAGUUGCUUCUAGCUCAAAAACUCCAAUUGAGUCAGCAAAUGAGGAAGAAAAACUUGCCUCUCAACGAAAAGUGUUGAUUCAAGAAAAUCAACAAAUUUUACAGUACAUCACAGCCUACAUAGUGAAAGGUGGUGGAAACACUGAUCCUAAUUUCAAAGAAGAAGUUGCCUUAACAUUGCUCGAAGCCCUCAUACCCAUGGGGUCCCGACUGAUACCUAAUGAUAAUGGAUUCCCUGCUCUAAUGACGGUGAUGGCAACUUUAGCAGAUGCUGGAUCAGGCCGUGGGCAUGUCAAACUUUUCACUGCUGCAACAGGUUGGUUAGAACAAUGCAAAGAACUGCUAUGCCAAAGUGAAAAUCUAAACAAGUUGUCGGAAAGUUUCUCCUGUGGGAGUGUGUUGGAAUCACUCUGUUACAUUUUGAAUUAUGCUAGUGAUAUCAUUCAAGCCUUGUGCGGAUCACAAUCAGCAGGAAGAGCAACAUCACCACCUUGGGAUGGUGACCCCCUGCCCCUGCAAUUAGACCAUGACCAAGACUGGAUCGAUGAUUUUGCAAACAAUGAAGAAGACGAUGAAAGUGAAGGCGAUGAAUCAGAUGAAGACAGCCUUUGCAACAAGCUUUGCACUUUUACCAUAACGCAAAAAGACUUCAUGAAUCAACACUGGUAUCACUGUCAUACUUGUAAAAUGGUUGAAGGUGUCGGUGUUUGCACUGUGUGUGCCAGAGUAUGCCACAGAGGUCACGAUGUGACUUACGCCAAGUAUGGGAACUUCUUUUGUGACUGUGGUGCGAGAGGCGUGGAGAACUGCCAGGCGCUUGUCAAACGUCAUCCAGCAGUUAGUGCUGAAACUUCAGGACAGCCAACUGCUAGCAAUGCUGCUGCCAGCAGUUCUGCCAACUACGGCACUGAGCAGAUGUUGACAAGCUCUUUAAGGAGACGUCCUUCUUCACCAUCCAACCUUGAGAAAUUCAAUGAACAUCGAAGUUUGCCGCAAGACAAAACCCAAAGGAGUAAUUUGGCCAAACAGUUGGAAAACUUUAAAGAACAGCUUGUAUCAAUGAUGUGGGCUCAACCAGUAAUAGUAACGCCACUUUUAGAGCUGAUAAAGAAUUUGAUUCCAAUUGUUGAAGCAGCUUGCGAGCGCCAUUCUCCCGUAGGUUGUCACCGCAGAGCUCAAAAUGCCCUCAAAGAAUUACAUUCUGCCGAUAAGAAGUUUGAGUACACUGAUCAGCUAAUGGUCCCAACUUUAGGCUCUCAAGAGGGAGCGUUUGAAAAUGUCAGGAUGAAUUAUGCUGGAGAACAAGGUCAAAUCAUUCGACAACUGAUCACUGCUCAUAUGAUACGCCGUGUAGCUAUGUGUUGUUUGUCAUCACCACAUGGCAAGAGACAGCAUCUAGUUGCUGUUUCACAUGAAAAAGGGAAGAUCACUGUUCUUCAACUGAAUGCGCUCUUGAAGCAAGCAGAUUCCUCAAAACGCAAACUGACUCUUACUCGCCUUGCCUCAGCACCAAUACCUUUCACAAUUUUGUCCGUAACUGGUAAUCAGUGGAACGAAGACUUCCUUGCUGUCUGUGGUCUAAAAGACUGUCAUGUAUUGACUUUUAAUCCAAGUGGCUCCGUUGGCUCCCACAUAGUUUUGCAUCCUCAACUUGAGACUGGCAAUUUCAUCAUCCGUGCCAUCUGGCUCCCUGGCUCACAGACAAAUUUAGCCCUUGUAACAGCUGAUUUUGUCAAAAUUUAUGAUCUCGGAAAAGAUGUUUUUAGUCCACAGUACAACUUCCUUGUACCAAUGGGUAAAAUUCGAGACGUCACGUUUUAUUGCUCUGAAGAGCAAAAAUCUGUGAUGCUUUUAAUGUCUUCUGCUGGUUAUAUCUAUACACAAGAUAUGAAUGAAGAGAGUUCAGCUAAACAUGGCCCAUUCUAUGUUACCAACACGUUAGAAAUCUAUCACCCCGAUAUCAAAGAUGUUAAUGGUCAAGUUUGCGGUGGAGGAGUCUCAGUGUACUACUCCCACUCGCUCAAACUGUUGUUCUUCAGUUACACUCAAGGCAAAAGUUUUAUUGCCCCUGUCCUAAAUUUAGACAACGGCCUGUCACCUGUUUUCCUGAUAAACAUGGCUCCAUCCUCUAAAUCGUCUAAUUCCUCUAAUAAGUCAAGCAAUGCGAAUGCAUCCCCUCAGCCACUAUGUCAGUGGAUGGAAGUACCGAAUCAUCCGGGCUUAGUUUGCAGUGUGAUGCAGAUAAGCAACAAUCCUGUCGUAAUGAUGAUCAAACCCAACUCAAUUCUCAUUCAAGAAAUCAAAGUGGUUCCGGCCAAAGCAAAAAUCAUGGAUGUUGUAGCCAUCAGGCACUCAUCAUCGAACUCGGACCAUAAAACAACUUUAAUUUUGCUCUGUGAAGAUGGCAGUCUUCGUAUUUAUAUGGCCUCAAUGGAACAAACUGGAUUCUGGCUUUCUCCAAAUAUUCUUGCAUCUAAUCCAUCCGUGUCUGUCAAACACUCAAGAAAGAAAAAGGCGCCAAAACCAGGCAAACCAUCUAGUGGUGCCAUCACAUUCCCGGUUGAUUUCUUUGAGCACAGUUCUGUGAUGAAUGAUGUAGAAUUUGGUGGCAAUGACCUGCUUCAAGUUUACAGCCCCAAUCAAAUCAAACACAGACUUAACACAACAGGUAUGUAUGUUGUUUCGUCUAAACUUGCAGGAUUCAAUGUGGAAGUGACGAACAACGAUGCUAAUUAUGUCAUGACAGGUGCUCGAAUAUUUUUAGGUAAUCAGGACACUCAUCGUGUUCCAUCCUAUAUCGCUAUUUUUGGACGCUGCAUCCAAACUAAUGUCACCCGGGCUCGCUGGUUUGACUUUCCAUUCACUCGAGAAGAAAGCUUGAGAGCAGACAAAAAAAUAACCAUCUCCUUUGGUCAGUCGCAAGAUCCGGACGGUAUUACAAUGGUGGAUUCCAUCAAGAUCCAUGGCAAAACUAAAGAUACAUUUGGUUGGCCGGAGGAAUCCGACGACGUUCCAGCCGGAGCUGGAGCCUCAACUCAACAGACAUCAGGGUCUACCCAAGACUCAGAAGGACAGUCCAUGAAUGCCUCGCAAAUCUCCAUGCUUGAAAAAAUGGUCUCUAGCUGUCUAGAAGUUCUGGAUAAUAGUAUUUCUCUCAUGAACUUCAAUAUUGUCGGAGUUCCAGAUUUGACUAAGUCUGCUAAUCAACGUUUUGAAGCCAUUAAACUAGCCACAAAGCUUCUCACUCUCCCAACUCCCGUCUGUAUUCAGCUUCACACGAAGUCCCUUCUAUCUGCUUUGCACUCAUCGAGGCAAGGUUAUCACAACUACAAAGAUCAAGCCCUGUUGACUCAUGUGUUAAACUCCCUUACAGUCUUCAGGAACAUUCCAGAGGCAGCAGACCUAGAUGCUGAAUCAUUUUACAGACUUGUUCUAACAGCCCGCAGUAUUGCCGUAACUCGUCCACAGAACUUAUCCAAGUUCGUUCCUCAUGAGCUGCCGUCCGAUCUCCCACAAAUAACUGCAGAGAAUACUGAUAAACCUCGGCUAGAUCACCCAAGCGCAGCUCGUCAACUAGUCACGCUGAUUCUCGACGUAUUUUGGCGUUUGCACAAAGCAAGGCCCAUAAACCCAGCUUUAGCCUCAGUAUGCUUACCUGGUCUCACGCAUGUUGAAACAACUGUCUAUGCCAUAGUUGAAAUCAUCCAUGCUUUCACCCUCAAUGACCACAGCGAUGCAACAAUAUCAAUGGCAACAAAAUACUACAUGGACUUGCUGCUUUGCGAGGAUACUACUAUCAGUUUUAGUGCCAAGCAAGCAAUAAUUCGUGUCUUGAGACCAAGAAUCAGGCGUCGAAGGGUUUACAUUCCGUCUCCGCCUCACUGCUCAACACCAGACAUGGAGAAACCCACUCCAAUAUCACAGCCGUCACACUCACAAGACUCUCCUGAAGCCGAGGCUGUUCAGUAUGAGGUUGAUACUGUUGAGCCCAUGGUCCUCGUGGCAGCUGAUGCCGCGGCUGGUGCCAGUGGUGGAGCAGAUAAUGUAGAAGCACUGCUCAGAGGUGCUGGCUAUUCACCUUAUAUGAUGCCACCAGAUUCGGAUGAUGAAACGAUGGUAGAACUCGCAAUUGCUCUGAGCCUUCAUGAUCAUGAAAACGGAGGCGAUCUACAAAAUAUCCAACAAAAUUUGCAAGGGCUACAAGGACUACAAGGCUUAGCUAAUUUCCAAGGGCUGCAAAACAUCGGAGGUCCCACUUUACAGAGUUUGCAGGUUUUAGCAUCGCAAGGCCUUGUUCAAGUUCCUGUUGUCAACCAGCCACAGAAUCAGGAGGUUGGGCAUUACAGUGAUACAACUGCCUCUGGAGCAGGAUCUGAUGAUGAAGGUAGCACAGCUGCAACGGAUGGCAGCACUCUGCGAACAUCUCCAGCAGAACAGGGAGGAAGUGAGAGUGGUGGUAGCGGCGCAGAUAGUAUCACAGGAGAGCACAAUGUCUCUGGUCGCAGUUCAGCCUACGGGGAUAACAUUCCAGAACCUAUUGCGUCCGGAAGGAGUGAGACUAGCUCGCUGGGUGCGUCUGCUGGUUUCCAAGUUCAAGACUCUGUCAGCGUUGAAACAGACAUUGAUGCCGAAGGCGGGAACAAGCUACAUGGCUUGCGCUUACUUGUUCUUGAGAAGCUGAUUUCCUAUGUUCCAAGUUUAAAAGAAGUCGGUGGUGUGCGGUCAAUCCCUUGUCUCCAAGUUGUUUUAAUGUUGGCGUCAGAUCUGGAAGUCGAAGAAGACAAAGACCGGCACUGCUUAAACACGUUACUAAAUGCUAUUGUCAGUGAACUGCAAAUGAAACAACCCAAUGUCGACGAAUUGGUAGAACGCAACAAGAAACAUGAAGUUCACCUUGUUUUAAUGAGACUUGUCAGUGUUUUAAUGUCCCGGUCAAAAUCAUCCACAAAAACAGGUACUGAGAAUUCAAGUCAGAUUCCAAGUAUUACUGCAAACGCUCUACUUCAAGCUGGAGUAAUCGACUAUUGUCUCGCGCUGAUUAAAAAGUUGUUGAAUUACAGUAAAGUCAAUACUGCCGAAGAUGCUGCAAAUCAGUCUGGGGAAGUCCUCUUGAAACCGCAUUCAGUUGUUUCACCUCCAGACAUGUCACCAUUUUUCCCCCAGCAGUACUUGAAAAAUCACUCUAAUGAUGUCUUUGACGCAUACCCACAUCUGUUGACAGAAAUGUCAUUGCGACUGCCGUACCAAGUCCAAAAGCACACUAGCACAAACAUCAUGUUUGAACAAGCAUGGUAUUAUGACUUGUGUGAAUACAUGAUGAACCAACAAUUACCGGUUGUCCGACGGCAAGUUAGAAAACUUUUAUUAUUUAUUUGUGGUAACAAAGACAAGUAUAAGCAGCUGCGAGAUCUGCAUUCCUUAGAGUCCCAUAUUUCGACAAUAUUCAAGGCUGUGCGAACUUCAACAGAUGUAUCCUUGAGUGGAGAAAUGUCGAAAGUGCAUGCUGUGUCUUUAUCUUAUGAUGCAUUGGUGGAACUUGUCGAGCAUUUAAAAACAUGCGUGGAAGUUGCAACAAACCGCACAGUCAACUGGCAGAAGUUCUGCUUGAAAGAAGAGACCGUCUUGCCAUACCUAAUGGAAAUCAGCUGUUUAUUGGAAGAAGGUGUCUCACAGCCCAUCCUCCAACUCCUCCAGUGCGCCAUCUGCACCAAGCAGCCACAAUCGCAGCAACAGUCAACGUCUACUGACCAGCCAGCACCCAGUUCUUCAACAAACCAAGAAGGGAAAUCAUCUAAAACAGCACCCUCAUCUUCUCAGCCUGCCGAACGAUCUGCUGAUAAAGAUGAGAAACAGGAAUUAGAAGAGAUGCAGGCAGUUGAAUUGACCGAGCAAUUGAAUAAAAUGAUUCCAAGAGAUCUAUUGGCUCAUUUCAUCCGCACGUUCCUACUGGAUACUAAUUCCUCCAGUAUGCGCUGGCAAGCUCAUGCUUUAAUACUGGCCAUGUAUCAAAAUUCAGCAGUCUCUGAACAAAAAUCAUUGCUGGAUCUGCUUUGGACUUUGUGGCCACAGUUACCUGCUUAUGGUCGGAAAACUGCUCAGUUUGUUGACCUUCUUGGCUACUUCAGCAUCAAGUCAUCAAUAGCAGAAACAAAAAUGAAUGAUUACAUGGAACAGGCCGUUCAGGUGCUACAGUCACAAAAUCAAGCACUUGCACACCAUCCAAACGCAAGCUUGUACUCCCAGUUAGCGCAGUUUGUUGAACUAGAUGGUUUCUACUUGGAGAGUGAGCCAUGUUUAGUUUGCAAUAACCCAGAAGUUCCGUUCAGCAGCAUUAAACUCUCCUCCAUCAAAGUAGACUCCAAAUUUACCACCACAACACAAAUUGUGAAACUUGUUGGAAGUCAUACUAUCAGCAAAAUCGUUUUGCGCAUUGGGGAUAUCAAAAGAACCAAAAUGGUACAAACUAUCAACAUCUACUACAAUAACCGCAGUGUCCAAGCGGUCAUUGAACUUAAAAACAAACCUGCCAUGUGGCAUAAAGCAAAGAAAGUCAGCCUCACCUCAGGUCAAACGGAAGUCAUCAUUGAGUUCCCUCUUCCAAUUGUUGCGUGCAAUUUGAUGAUAGAGUACGCAGAUUUCUAUGAAAAUCUCCAUGCUUCCUCUGAAACUCUUCAAUGUCCCAGAUGUAGUGCUUCUGUUCCUGCUAACCCUGGCGUUUGUAACAACUGCGGCGAAAAUGUCUUCCAGUGUCACAAAUGCAGAGCCAUUAACUAUGAUGAGAAGGAUCCCUUCUUAUGCCAUGCUUGUGGGUUCUGCAAGUACGCAAAAUUCGACUAUCUACUAACCGCCCGCCCAUGCUGUGCUGUUGAUGCAAUUGAAAAUGAUGAAGAUCGAAAGAAAACGGUUUCUGCCAUCAAUUCACACCUGGAAAAAGCUGAUCGAGUUUACAAACAACUUGUAGGGAACAAACCGAACCUAGAAAUGCUUCUCCUCAAAAUCAGCGAGCACCGAUUGGAGAAAGGCAAAGAUGAUUCAAGUUCUGCAGGGACUGCAACUUCCUCAUCAUCUGCAAGCAAUUCAACCAGCACUAGUAGUGUUAAUAACCAAGUAAACCGUGCAAUACAGCUCCUAGCUCAUCGCUACUGUGGUGAUUGCAAAAAUCAUUUCGAAGAACUCAGUAGGAUCAUCCAGAAAGUGUUGGCUUGCCGUCGAGAGUUAGUUGCGUACGACCGCAAACAGUUAGGAACAGCUGCCACUCCCAGUGGUGGAUCCCAGCCAAGCAAACCAGUGAGCACAGUUGGCAUACCCUCCAGUAUGCACAAAUUUACCUCACCUCCAACUAAUGUUGCACAUGCGGGCCGAUGCUACGGCUGCGCCUCAGCGGCAACUGAGCACUGUCUUACUCUUCUGAGAGCCCUGUCCACUAAUGCAGUAUCCAGAUCAUAUCUGUGUCAACAGGGACUGGUUCAAGAAUUACUGGAAAAUAACUUGAGACGCGGGACAACACAGAUUCAAGAAGAGGUGCGCCAACUGUUGCGUCUCCUCAUCCGUGACAACCCUGCUGCAACUGAGGGUUUGUGCUCUUUGAUAAUGGACCGAAUUUCUUUGUCAUUGCGUGGUCAUGUCACUCACUCUGAAUUAGCUUUUGCUGUUCGACCAGAAAUUUCUCUUCUUGGAUGUCUCGUUCAGAAAGAAGAUUCAUGUUGGGAGCAAAAAUUGAAGUGUGUAAUGCAGCUUUUCCUCAUGGCGUCCAAAGAUUCAAAAUCACCGGCAGUAAUGGAAUCUAUCACUCUGCCAUGUCUGAAGAUAUUGCAAGGUCUCAUCAAACCGGAGAACAAAAAGAACAAGGAGAAAUCUCUGGAAUCUCUGGCUACAAUAAAACCCGCCGAGAAUAUUCGUAUUGAUCUGAGGAAGUGGUUGGCUGGAGAUCCAAAGCAUACUUUUGAAACUUGGCGUCAACGCAUGCCUGCAAACAUUCCAGAGUCACCCACCGACAAAACUCCUUCCAAAGAUGAGAUUCGCAGUCAGUUCUUGGCAGAAAAGUAUGCCAGGAAAUGGAGAGAGCGCACCAUGCAAGGACUGCUUCAACCAAUGCAACUUACAAAUGUCGUAUGGCUGAAACAAGUCCUGUUCAAUCCCAGCUCUCGUCUAGCCCGGCAAGUUGCUUGCAGCAUGCUAGAGAGCCUGUGUCAAUCGCCUCUCAGAAAGAAGGAAAUUUUAGACUUAAUGACUGGCUUCUUAAGUGAACUCGGCUCAGCUGGAGAAAGUGCAGCUGAAUUUUUGGCUCUUUACCAAACUUUAAUUCAACCAAAACCAUGGAAGCAGUAUCUUGCACUAAGAGGAUUACUUCCGCAUCUUGCCUCCCUUCUCACAGCGGAGAUCCAAGAAUUGCAUCACUUGGAAGAAACUACCCUGACAUCGGACUUAGCUCAAGGCUAUGCGUUAAAAAUGCUGACUGAAUUAUUGGCAUCGUUCUUGGAACAAGAGAACAUCAAACAGCAGUAUAAAGGAAGACUUGUUGGAGCUGUACUGAGCGGUUAUUUGGCUCUACGCCGCCUCGUUGUUCAACGUACUCGACUGAUUGAUGACACUCAGGAUAAACUCCUCGAACUCCUAGAAGAAAUGACUUCGGGCACGGAGGCAGAAACAAAAGCCUUCAUGGCCAUUUGUAUCGAAACUGUGAAAAAAUGUAGCAUGCAGGACGUUCGCACUCCUGUUUUCGUGUUUGAACGUUUGUGCUCCAUAAUCUAUCCUGAGGAAAACGAUGUCGGUGAAUUUUAUCUAACCUUGGAGAAAGAUCCCCAGCAAGAAGAUUUCCUACAGGGUCGAAUGCUUGGUAAUCCUUACAGUAGCAAUGAACCAGGACUCGGCCCUCUUAUGCGAGAUGUAAAGAAUAAAAUCUGUCAGGACUGCGAGCUUGUAGCUCUUCUUGAAGAUGAUAAUGGAAUGGAACUCCUCGUCAAUAAUAAAAUCAUUAGUUUGGAUCUCCCUGUUAGUGAGGUGUUCAAGAAAGUAUGGGUCGCUGAAGGUGGAGAAGGCGAUGCAAUGCGGGUCGUAUACAGGAUGCGUGGAUUAUUGGGUGAUGCCACUGAAGAGUUCAUUGAAACUUUAUCGAACAAAAGUGAAGCAACUGUCGACAAUGAAGAAGUGUACCGGAUGGCCAAUGUCAUGGCUGACUGUGGUGGUCUCCAAGUUAUGUUGGAUAGGUUAGCAAGCAUUCAAGAUAUGUCAAGAUCACGACCACUGCUCCAGGUAUUAUUGAAACUUCUCAGACUUUGUGUGAAAGUUCAACGCAAUCAAGAAGUAUUGAUACAACCUGAUCUCUGUGCAAUCACUACUCUCCUUCAUGUGUUACAAUUGUGUCUCCAUCAACCUGCAGAUACUGACAAGUCUCAGAGCUCCAUUACUGAACAGUUACUUGAUAUCAUGGAAACGAUCCUGUCAAAAGCUGCUUCCCAACCCCCUGAAGAAUUCACUCGGUUGUCACAGACUUUUGGCGGUCCUGAGCAUAUUCGCUCUUUACUUGACUGUACGUCCAAUGUUCGUCCAUCAGUGCUUCACCAUCUGACAAAAGUUCUGGCUGCUCUCACAUAUGCGAAUACCGAAAAAAUGUCUGUUCUCAUGCAAUAUUUCAAAACAACGUUUAAUUUCUACAGUUUUGAUCAAGAACGCACUCCAGAAGAUGAACAAAAGUUGGAACUGUUCUGCCUACUGGUUUCUGGCAUAGAUUGUAACGAAUUAGGUAACACGCUGAAAGAUCAUAUCGUGUCUUUGGGAAUUGUAGAUAGUGCUUUAGAGUACGUAUCAUCAAAUGCUCCAGCCAUCAAACCUACGCUCUCUCGGGCAGAUAGUGAUGAUUGGAAAACUUACAUUUCAAAACCAUCACUCAAGUAUAUUCUCAGACUUCUCGCUGGUUUAGCGACCCAGCACAAACCCACACAGAUGGCAGUGUCAGCAGACUGCAUUCCAAUCAUCCAUCAUCUUGAGCAACUGUCCUCAGACGAACAUGUUGGUUCUUUGGCAGAAAACCUCAUGGAGGCUCUGAAAACAAACGCUGCGGUAGCUACUAGAAUCGAAAAAGUGCGUCAACAAACAAGAGCAGAAAAGAAACGUUUGGCCAUGGCAAUGAGAGAAAAACAACUGGGAGCUUUAGGGAUGCGGACCAAUGAUAAAGGACAGGUGACGGCUGAGACUUCUAUCUUGCAACAAAUGGAAGACUUAGGAGAAGAGACUGGUUUAGUCUGUGUUAUUUGCCGAGAAGGCUAUCGAUUCCAACCAACGAAAGUCCUCGGAAUCUAUACGUUUACCAAAAGGUGCAAUGUCGAUGAAUACGAGUCAAAGACCCGGAAAACUGUCGGCUACUCAACAGUCACUCAUUUCAACGUAGUCCAUAUAGAUUGUCAUAUGUCAGCUGUGAGGUUGGCUCGAGCGAGAGAUGAGUGGGAGUCGGCUGCUCUUCAAAAUGCAAACACCAAAUGCAACGGGUUGCUUCCCUUGUGGGGGCCUCAAGUACCUGAGUCAGCAUUCGCUAGUUGCCUAGCAAGACACAAUACCUACCUCCAAGAAUGCACUGGUAGUCGAGAUAUUAGUUACUUAUCUACAAUCCAUGAUCUUAAACUGCUAUUGCUGAGGUUUGCUCAAGAAAAAAGUUUUCAUGAUGACACCGGCGGAGGAGGUCCUCAGUCAAAUAUGCACAUCAUACCCUACCUGCUACAUAUGGCAUUAUAUGUGAUAAAUACAACAAGAUGUGGUGUUUUAGAAGAAAAGAACUUAACAGCUUACCUAGAAACGUCAUCAUCAGAGAGGUGGCAAGAAUCUUGUUACGAAGCAGAAGGACCUCUCUAUUGGGCAGUAUUCUCACUGCUUCUUCAUUCACCUGCUAGGUGGGCAAAAACGAGAUUGUCUCAUCUACGGAGGAUCAUAGUUCUAGCUCAUAUGAGGCAUCUGUUCCCAUCAGGACCUCAUAAACUUCCUAAUGCUGAACCCAAAGAAUAUAAAGUCUACAAACGCUACCUUGUCUUCUUUGGUCUCAUCGACAACAUUUAUAAAUUCUAUUUUCCGAAAAUUGUCACAUCAGAUGAUCAGUGGCCCUCUACACUUGCUGAUUACAUUCGACACAAUGAUGAGGCGUUACUAAAAGCCUCCGAGAAACUCAUGGCCUCCUACACUGAGGAGCUUUUACCUUGCACCAGCUUCCAAGAAUUUUGUGAUGUUGCUGAUUUGUUGAAUGAAAUUUCAAACCCAUCAUUCUAUAUCCAUGAUGUUCUCAUGGGAAUGUGAGAUGUGAAAACUGUGCUGUGUUAGUGUAGAAAAUUACGGCUUCCCUGUGAAUACAAUAUCUCUCUCCGCUGAAGUUUUGUGUGGCUUUCUGAAGCUUUCUAAACUAUAAGAUUGUUUUUAAGAUGAUUAUUUUGUUAUUGUCCUAGUAAUCAGUUAAUGUUUAGCUGUCAAAUUAUUUCUUGAAUAAAUGCAUCAGUCCUUAUUUGA